CUGAUGCAGUUAAUUUCACAGUUGUUUAUAAUUAUUUAUCGUCGUGGGUCGUUUACAAAAAAAUAUGGCGAAAAAACUGCAUUAUUUUAAUUUGAACGGUCUUGCUGAACCGAUAAGGUAUAUUUUGCAUUACACCAAACAAGAGUUUGAAGAUGUCAGACAUGGUUUUGAUAUGAAGAAAGAAGUAAAGGACAAACUUCCAUACGGCCAGUUACCAAUCUACGAGGAAGGUGAACGCAUCCUCACGCAAUCCCUAGCCAUUGCCAAGUAUGUGGCUAGGAAUAGUGAUCUGAUACCUGUGGAUCCUUGGGUAGUUGCCGUGGUGGAGGGUGCUGCGUACACUAUCUAUGAUUUCUGGUUGAAGAUUGUACCUUACAUCAAGGAGCAGGACCCCGAAAAGAAAAAAGAAUUGAAGAAACAUUUACUGGAAGAAACCAUUGAUUUCUUUUUCACAAGGUUUGAAAAACAUCUCCAGGAGAACGGUGGAUAUUUUGGCGGCAAGCUAACAUGGGUGGAGUUCAUCCUAUGCGGUAUAGUUGAGGCGAGCAAUCUCUUCUUAGACACAGAAUUGGAGAAGAAGUACCCAGCAGUCAAAGCUGUGGUGGAGAAGAUAAGGAAUCUCCCUGGAGUGAAAGAGUAUAUUGAGAAAAGAGGUCCAUAUGUUAUUGAUCAGUAAAAUAAUGCUUUGAAUUAAAGGGAUUUAAGUAGA